AUGCGGAAGCGCGACAUCGUCCUCACCAAUGUCACCGUGGUCCAGCUGCUACGAAAGCCAUGUCCCGAGCCAGAGCCAGAGCCAGAGCCAGACCCAGAGCCAGAGCCAGAACCAGAACCAGAGCCAGAGCCAGAGCCUAUCAAGGAGGAAGCCCCUCCUCCACCUCCUCCUCCUCCACCUCCUCCUCCUCCACCUCCUCCUCCUCCUUCUCUACCUCUUCCACCUCCUCUAACUAAGAAGCCUUCUGCGAUUCGGGAACUGACUGUUGGCAUCAAUGGAUUUGGACGCAUCGGCCGCCUGGUGCUGCGAGCUUGCAUGCAGAAAGGCGUUAAGGUGGUAGCAGUGAAUGAUCCAUUCAUUGACCCGGAAUACAUGGUGUACAUGUUUAAGUAUGACUCCACCCAUGGCCGAUACAAGGGAACUGUGGAAUACAAGAAUGGACGGCUGGUUGUGGAUAAACAGGAGAUCAGUGUCUUCCAGUGUAAGCAGCCCAAAGAGAUCCCUUGGAAAUCUGUCGGGAGCCCCUAUGUGGUAGAGUCCACAGGAGUGUACCUGUCCCAAGAGGAAGCUUCUAACCACAUCCAGGCAGGUGCCUUCCGUGUGGUCAUCAGCGCACCCUCACCAGAUGCACCCAUGUUUGUCAUGGGGGUGAACGAAAAGGACUAUAAUCAUGAUUCCAUGAAAGUUGUCAGCAAUGCAUCCUGCACCACCAACUGCCUGGCCCCCCUUGCCAAGGUCAUUCAUGAGCGAUUCGGGAUUGUGGAAGGACUGAUGACCACAGUCCAUUCCUACACGGCCACUCAGAAGACAGUGGACGGGCCAUCAAAGAAGGCCUGGAGAGAUGGACGAGGAGCCCACCAGAACAUCAUCCCAGCCAGUACAGGGGCUGCCAACGCCGUGGGCAAAGUCAUCCCAGAGCUCAAAGGGAAGCUGACAGGAAUGGCGUUCCGGGUGCCAACCCCAGACGUGUCUGUUGUGGACCUGACCUGCCGCCUAGCCCGGCCUACCACAUACUCAGCCAUCAAAGAUGCCAUAAAAGCAGCAGCCAAGGGACCAAUGGCUGGCAUACUUGCCUACACCGAGGAUGAGGUUGUCUCUACGGACUUUAUCGGCGAUACCCAUUCGUCCAUCUUCGAUGCUAAAGCGGGCAUCGCGCUCAACGACAACUUCGUAAAGCUCAUUUCCUGGUACGACAAUGAAUUCGGCUACAGUCACCGGGUGGUGGACCUCGUCCGUCACAUGUAUAGCCGAAACAAGUGA